AUGUAUCCUUACAGGAAGUUUGUCAUUCUAGUGACUCUGGACUUUAAAGGACAGCUUCGAGAGCUUGGUCCUCAGACUGUGUCUGCCAAAAAGAUUGUGAACUUGGAAUUUAUGGAAGCGCAACCUAGUGCAUCAUCGCCAGCGCAGCCUACCACUCAACCAAAAUCAAUUAAAACUACUGAACGGGCUAUACUUAAACGUGAACAGGCUCCUGUUGCUACACCACCUAAACCAGUUAUACCAUUGAACGACGAAGAAAUUGAAGAAGUGGAAUUCGAAGAAUACCAAUCUCCGCCAGCUCAACGUGUACCAGAGCCUAAACAGGAGGAGAGGAAAGCACCACCCAAGAUUGUGCCUCAAAGUAGGCAGUCUAAUGGACAGAAUAGCGAUAGACUUGCUACACCUCAAUCAAAGUCGAAACGUGAUCAGGCUUCUAAUACAACUCCACGUGUGUCACAUAGCCGAGGCUAUGAAAAGGACUUUGAUUUCCAGGCAUCGCUCGAACUGUUUGACAAGAAGCAGAUAUUUGAUGAAAUACGACAAUCAGAUGAUACAGACCCUGAUUCUUUACUAGUAACUUUAAACAAGGUGAAGAAGAAUGAUGCGCAACGAAAAUUGGGGAUACGAGAAAAUGUAUUGGAUACGCUAUUCAUCGCAGAUGAAAAACCAGAUUCCAGUUCUGUGGAAGCCGGUCAGGACGAUGCUGAUGACGAAGGGUUCCAAGAUCCCUACCGUCGCCGUCGUACAUCCAAGACAUCAAUGUCGAGAAAAACAUCUGUGACGUUUGAAAGGCCGCAAUUCAGGACUCCGUCGAAUAUAGUAGUACCUUCUUUAACGCCAACUGAGUUUCAACUGUUGGAGUCGAUUGCUAUGAACGAAGUAGGACCUUCGUUUGAACAGAUGGUAGAGAAUGGAGGUAGAGAUGUCGCUCAGGCUUGUUUGCAAGCUCUAGGUGGUAGUCGUCGCUUCUUGGCAAGGAAUCAUAAUCCACCACCACACCUUGUCGUUUUGUGUGGCAACAGUACUCGUGUUGGCGCUUAUGGUCUGGCAGCUGCGAGGCAUUUGGCAAACCACGAGUGUCGAGUGGAUGUAUUAGUACUUGGAUCAGAAACGGACGUGACGAAUAAUGUGGCAAUGCAAAUGAAAAUGCUGCUUCAUACUGGUGCCACAUUGAUAAACUCGCUUCCACUGCAAUCUGUCCCGGAUAUGGUUAUCGAUGCCUUACUGGGAGCAGAUAUGGCACCAUCAGAUAUUCCUGACCUGCUGUCUAGGACUUCAUUUGAAGAAGCAAUAUCGUGGGUCUGUGGAUUAUCACGAACACCAUACGUUUGUUCUUUGGAACUGCCUACUGGAUUGGGUGGUGUUGCAUCUGUAGAUAGUAAUGAAUCCGUGCCUGCAAGGUGGACGAUAGGGUUUGGUGUACCAACAUCCUUGUUGGGCUCACGAGCACAAUAUGGGCAAGUGGGAGAAGUGUUGUUGGCUGACAUCGGGUUUCCGAAAGCGGCGUUUACCAGAUUUGUCAAGAAGGCAAAGCUGGGUGAUGAUAGUGUCAAGUAUAUACCUCCAUUUAGCGAUAAAUUUAUGGUUGGCAUUGAGCUUGUAUCAUAG